UGGACGAAUCAAUAUCUAUAGUAACGGCCUUGAGCCUGUGGCCAGAUCUUUGGGACCUGAAAAUCUCUUGCUGAAAGGAGCAACACUAAAAAAUACCAAGAAGAUAUAUGGAGUUGCUGUUUACACUGGAAUGGAGACCAAAAUGGCUUUGAACUACCAAGGGAAAUCUCAGAAGCGUUCUGCUGUUGAAAAAUCCAUCAAUGCCUUCCUGAUUGUGUACUUAUUUAUCUUGCUUACCAAAGCUGCAGUGUGCACAACUCUAAAGUAUGUCUGGCAGAGCAACCCAAAUAACGAUGAACCGUGGUAUAACCAAAAGACCCAGAAAGAACGGGAGACUUUAAAGGUGUUGAAAAUGUUCACCGACUUCCUAUCAUUUAUGGUUCUCUUCAACUUUAUCAUUCCUGUCUCCAUGUAUGUCACCGUAGAAAUGCAGAAAUUCUUGGGCUCCUUCUUCAUCUCAUGGGAUAAAGACUUUUAUGAUGAAGAAAUUCAUGAAGGAGCUCUGGUUAACACAUCAGACCUUAAUGAAGAACUUGGUCAGGUGGACUAUGUAUUUACGGAUAAGACUGGAACACUCACUGAAAACAGCAUGGAGUUCAUUGAAUGCUGCAUAGAUGGGCACAAGUAUAGAGGUGCAGCUCAAGAAGCAGAGGGACUGUCUGAAACGGAUGGGCCUUUAACAUACUUCGACAAAGCAGACAAGAAUCGAGAGGAGCUCUUUCUGCGUGCCUUGUGUUUAUGUCAUACUGUUGAAACUAAAACAAAUGAUGUUGUUGACGCAGCAACAGAAUCCACAGAAUUAACCUAUAUAUCCUCUUCACCAGAUGAAAUAGCUUUGGUGAAAGGUGCUAAGAAGUAUGGAUUCACAUUCGUGGGAAAUCAGAAUGGACAAAUGAAAGUGGAGAACCAAAGAAAAGAAAUAGAAGUGUAUGAACUUCUUCACACCUUAAACUUCGAUUCUGUCCGUCGUCGUAUGAGUGUAAUUGUGAAGAAUCAAGCAGGAGACAUAAUUCUCUUUUGUAAAGGAGCAGACUCAGCAGUUUUCCCUAGGGUGCAAAAUCAUGAAAUUGAGUUAACUAAAGCCCAUGUGGAACGCAAUGCAAUGGAUGGCUACCGAACACUUUGUGUUGCCUUCAAAGAAAUUGCCCCAGAUGAUUAUGAAAGAAUCAACAGACAGCUCAUUGAGGCCAAAAUGGCCUUACAAGACAGAGAAGAAAAAAUGGAAAGGGUGUUUGAUGAUAUUGAGACAAACAUGAAUUUAAUUGGAGCCACUGCAGUGGAAGACAGGCUACAAGAUCAAGCCGCUGAGACUAUUGAAGCACUUCAUGCAGCAGGUCUGAAAGUCUGGGUCCUAACUGGGGACAAGAUGGAGACAGCCAAGUCCACCUGCUAUGCCUGUCGCCUGUUCCAAACCAACACCGAACUACUGGAACUGACCACAAAAACCAUCGAAGAAAGCGAAAGGAAGGAAGAUCGGUUACAUGAAUUGUUGAUAGAGUAUCGCAAGAAGCUGCUGCAUGACUUUCCUAAAAGUACUAGAAGCCUUAAAAAAGCAUGGACAGAACAUCAGGAAUAUGGACUAAUCAUUGAUGGUUCCACACUGUCGCUCAUAUUAAAUUCUAGUCAAGAUUCUGGGUCUCACAAUUACAAAAGCAUUUUCCUUCAGAUUUGUAUGAAGUGCACCGCAGUGCUCUGCUGUCGAAUGGCACCAUUACAGAAAGCUCAGAUCGUCAGAAUGGUGAAGAACUUGAAAGGCAGCCCAAUUACUCUGUCAAUUGGUGACGGUGCCAAUGAUGUCAGUAUGAUCUUGGAAUCGCAUGUCGGAAUUGGUAUUAAAGGCAAAGAAGGUCGCCAAGCAGCCAGGAAUAGUGAUUAUUCUGUUCCAAAGUUUAAACAUUUAAAGAAACUGUUAUUGGCUCAUGGGCAUCUCUAUUAUGUAAGAAUAGCACACCUUGUGCAGUAUUUCUUCUACAAGAACCUUUGUUUCAUUUUGCCACAGUUUUUGUACCAGUUCUUCUGUGGAUUCUCACAGCAGCCACUCUAUGAUGCCGCUUACCUUACUAUGUACAACAUCUGCUUCACGUCCUUGCCCAUCCUGGCCUACAGUCUCCUGGAGCAGCACAUCAACAUCGAUACUCUGACCUCAGACCCCCGCCUGUAUAUGAAAAUUUCUGGUAAUGCCAUGCUGCAGUUGGGUCCCUUCCUAUAUUGGACGUUUCUGGCUGCAUUUGAAGGGACUGUAUUCUUCUUUGGGACAUAUUUUCUUUUCCAGACUUCAUCCCUUGAAGAAAAUGCCAAGGUAUAUGGAAACUGGACUUUUGGAACCAUUGUUUUUACAGUCUUAGUAUUCACUGUAACUCUGAAGCUUGCCUUGGAUACUCGUUUCUGGACAUGGAUAAAUCAUUUUGUGAUUUGGGGUUCCUUGGCCUUUUAUGUAUUUUUCUCAUUCUUCUGGGGAGGUAUUAUUUGGCCUUUUCUUAAGCAACAGAGAAUGUAUUUUGUAUUUGCUCAAAUGCUGUCUUCUGUAUCCACAUGGUUGGCUAUAAUUCUUCUAAUAUUUAUCAGCCUUUUCCCUGAGAUUCUUCUGAUAGUGUUGAAGAAUGUAAAACGAAGAAGUGCCAGGGUUCAUCACUUAAUUUCCUCUUCUGCAUAAAAAGUAUAGUAAAAACUUCGUUAUCCAAAUGCAGGUGGUAAGUAGAUUCCUUAAUAGUGUUCUGUGUGACUUAGCAAUCCAUACGGAGUAUUUCAUAUGCUCCAUAUGGAAUUUUAAAUGGGGAAAAAAAACGGUUUAUUUAUUUUUUUUAGCCUAGAAUUUUUCACACCAGGAUUUCCACACCAACAUUCCAGCUUUGACCUUAGAAAUUUCCCUGUGAGUUGUUUGCAGAUAUUUUUUCCCAGUUGAUCAUCCCAAUUUAUCUCUCUCAAACCUUCCUCCUUCCUUUAAUUAUAGUGCUGCUUAAUCUCUGUGUUGCUUUUAGCCCUGUGUGCAAACCAAAGAGAAUUCCCUGGAUGUGAUUUCUACAUCCUUGCCCUCCUGAACACACUUGUAAAAGUUCAAGAUUGUUUUAUAAGUGUGUUUUUGCUGCUUAAAUUGUGUUAAAUUGCUUGCCGAAAUGAGAAGUGUUUCCCUCUGUCAGCCUAACCACUUGGCCUGGCAUUGUCUUAGACCUUUUGAACAUGUAUGAGACAUGUGUGAAACAACUGUUCAAAUGAAAGGGGUAGAUGAGCCUGGCAGACAAGGCAUCUGGCAAAGUAAGACCAACAGGUUAAUUAAAUAUGUCCUAUUCCUGACAAUGCUAGCUUAUUUUGCCAAACAAAACCCUAUUUGUAGCAUAUUGACACCAAGUAGGUCUUGGAACCCCUCAAACAGUAUACAGUCUAAACUACUUGAUCAAAUUUGCCCAGCAGUUUAGCCUCAAAGAUGGCUUUGCUGUGUUGUUUGGCCUCUUAAAUCUUGUGGUUGGCAUUAUGCAGAUUUAGGGAUCUAAGAUGAUCAUGGUGGGAAAGUCUUCAGUGAGAAAGAGGAACUUUAUAAUUAGAGAACACUAUUAGCCCUAGUCAAAAGCAACAGAAUUGUCAUUGGCAUAAGCCACAUUGAUUCUAGGUAUACAAGGCCAAUCAGUGGACAGUUCUGUGAUCCAAACUGCCUUAACUCCCUGCUUCUGCAUGCCUUAUGGCUGGAACUGGACACAAUAACAACCUAGCUAAAACUGCCUUAGUCUGCUCUUUGGUCAUUCCCAUAGACCUCCAGCUAAUUCCCUCCAGCCUGGUGUUUAGUCUUAGGGGGAAAAAUUUAAAAGGUUGUAUCUAUUUUUCUGAUUAUACCUUAAUAUCUUUUGAGCAGUAAUAAUCCAGCUUGAGGUAACCCCCAGAAUGGCUCUCCUGACAAUGUGCAUAAAUUCCAAUUUAAAAUGUUGCAGUGAAAAAUGGUUUCAUACCUUUGUGUCAGAAUUGGUCUGGGAACAAUCUUAGAGGUCCCCUUUCUUUCAUUCUCAUUAAUAAGGUUGUACAAGUGGAAAGCUCCUAAA